AUGCAAGAGAUGGACGAAUUUGGCGCAGAAGAGGGCAAACUGAAAGAAGAGGUCAAUAAUAACGGCAUUAGUAGUGUUAACACUAAUACAAGAUCUCACGAGAAAAAGCAGUCAUCGAGUGCCAGGAAAAGACAACAACAGCUCAAAGAGUCGCCCAAUAAUGAGGUCUCUUCUGAAGUGAAUUCAACGCCUAAAAGACGCAAAGAGGACGACGCGAGUAAAAGUAAACGGGAGGACAGGGAGUCCAGAAGUAAAACGACAGAAAAACGAAGUAAUUCUUCGCGACGACACAAACAAGAGGACGACAAAUGAUAGCAUU